GCAGGGGGGGGAGGGGAUGGGCCGGCAACACAUGGAAGCAACAACAGCAGCAACAGCAGCAACAGAAGCAACGCAACAACAGCAACAGCAACACAGCAACAGAAGCAACAGCAACAACAGAAGUCUUGGUAGUUACUUAUAGCGGACUAGUCAGUUCCCUAGCCAACUAGGUCCAAUGCUAUAACUAGAAUCACCGAGCAAAACCAACCGGAAAUCUUCCGUGAUGCUACGGUGCUGUUUGGUGGUGGUGCAGUGGUGGUGCAGUGGUCUGCCUCCGUUCGCGUUUCCUCAAGGACGGGGAGGAGGCAGAAGGGGGAGGCCCGAGGAUCGCUCCUGCCCUUCGGGGUACUCGCGUACCCAACUUACGCAGCACCCCCAGCGUACCCAGCGGCGCGGGUUGAAUUGUUUCAACUACGACUUACCGUGUGGGGGCUAACCGUCUACUCUCGAAAUGGCAUCUCUCCAGGCUGUUCCCAGGCUGUUCCCGGGAAGAAGUCUUGCUUCUUGCUUCUUAUCGACUGCGUCGCCGCAGCUAGUUAGCUAGGCUAGAGUACUUGGAGAAGAGUGCAUACCGGGCGGGGGCCGUGGAGACACGGUUCCGACUCUUGGGUUUGGGAUUGGGGGAUUUGCGGUUUGGGC